CUUACGACCUCUCAACACACAGCCUGAACAGGCUCAUCCUAUACAAGCAACUUAGAAGAAACUUAGAAAAAACUUUAGAACAACCUUGAAUCACUUCGACCUUCAUGGCUGUCCGUACACAAUUCGAAAACUCCAGCGAGAUUGGUGUAUUCUCCAAACUUACAAACAGCUACUGCCUCACAACAAUUGGUGGCAGUACUAAUUUCUACUCCGCGUUCGAAGCCGAACUGGGCGAUGUGAUACCCAUCGUUCAAACGAGCAUCGCCGGAACCCGUAUCAUCGGGCGGUUGACAGCAGGAAAUCGACAUGGCCUGCUUGUCCCGCAGACGACUACGGACCAAGAACUCCAGCACCUCCGUAAUUCGCUCCCUGACACCGUCGCACUGCAAAGAGUGGAAGAGCGUCUCUCGGCACUGGGCAAUGUCAUCGCUUGCAAUGACUAUGUCGCACUUGUGCAUCCCGACGUCGAUCGAGAAACUGAGGAGAUUAUCGCGGAUGUGCUGAAGGUCGAGGUGUUCCGACAGACGAUUGCGGACAAUGUGUUGGUUGGGAGCUAUUCCGUUAUUAGCAAUCAGGGAGGGUUGGUGCAUCCGAAGACGAGCAUACAGGAUCAGGACGAGUUGUCGACGCUGCUUCAGGUCCCAUUGGUGGCUGGUACCGUGAAUCGGGGUUCCGACGUAAUAGGUGCCGGUUUGGUGGUCAAUGAUUGGUGUGCAUUCGUUGGUCUGGAUACCACAGCUACCGAGAUCAGUGUCAUAGAAGCUACAUUCAAACUGCAAGGACAGGAAACUUCCGCUGUCAUAACGGACAUGCGCGACUCUCUCAUUGAUACCUGGGCAUAAGCAUCCAUCGAGUUGAGCUGUUAGAGAUGAUCGUCGCGCUUGAGCUCAUUGUAUACCAUGUAUUGCAACCAACGGAUUCAUUCUGAUCAAGUACAUGUAAUGAUGUUCUUUCCGUUGCAGAGGGCAUAAGGGGUGUGCUAUGUGGCGUAUUGCUACAGUGGAAGUGUACGAAUACGAAACGCCUCGAAGGGUAUCAAAUUAUUGGCCGGCAUCGUCUCCACCAUCAGAAAGCAAAGCCCUUCUGGCAUGAUAUAUCUGUCUCCAUCGAGCGCCGAGUUUCUGCCUUGACGGCGAAGUCAUUGACCGUGUGCACCUCGCUGCACGACCACUGCUGCUCGCCGAGCGCGGCCACUAGCAAAACCCGUUGCUUCUCGCGCUGGGCCAUCAACACCCGUCUGCGGCGUUUCUUCUCGUCCAUAAGAUCAAGCGCUGUUUGCCGCUUGAUGGCCCAUUCCACUUCCUCUUCAGCUGUCAUCUGUAGGGACGGAUCGCGCACUUCGACGGCUUCUAGGAUCUCCCUCUGUGCCUUGUCCAGAUCGACUCCAGAGGCUGUCAGAACAGUCUGAAUAGGAGCGUGUGAGCGAGUUGUUGUCAUGCGAUGCGCGUAAUCACAGCGUAACCCAGGUCCGAGGCAGAACUCGCCACCAAGCUGUUUGAUAUCGCCAGCAUUUCCCAGGGGCAUUUUCAUGGCAUGUUUCAUGACCAUCAUCAUCCCACCCAUCGCACCAUGUUGGACAUAGUCACCCUUCUCAGAGUCCGGUCCGCCAUCUGUUGUUCGAAGUGUCAUGCCCAGUGCAUUAUACAGUUUCCGGGUUGGAUCGGUAUAGAGAGGGAAUGGGCAAUGAAACAGUUCUCGGUAAGACUUAAUCAUUUUGGGAGAUCCGUUCGAGAUAAUGACCAAGUCAACAUUUGACCUUCGGAGAGCAAGAGGAUCUACGCCACGAGUGAUGGAGAACAUGUAGUCUUGACAAAGAGGGCACCAAAAAUGACGAAUAAAACAGAUGAUAGUCUUUCGACCCAAGAAGAGAUCUCCAAACGGCACCCCCUUUCCGGCCUCGUCAUAGACUUCCAGGCGUGCUGCUUCUUGCAUCAACUGUUUCGUGAUCGGGGCAUUCGCGUCAAAUGACAGCUUCGGUGAGCUGGGUGAGAGUGGAACAAAGGAUACGCUCUUCCCACGACUUCGACUUCGACUGCGUUUCUGAUCUGGAUCGGGCUUCGGUUUGGAGAGUCGUCUGGAUCGAGGUGUGCUGGUAGUCAUCGAGAAACCAGCAGGCGUCUCGGGCGUACGCGGAGUUGUAGGGAUCACAGGUGUGCCCAGGCUCAACUUCUUGGUGGGAGCGGAAAUUGGAGGCAAG